AUGAAGAUUGCAGUGGAAGGAUGCAGCCAUGGCGCGCUGGACGCGAUCUACCAGUACCUACGUGAUCUGGAGGCCAGGCACAACUAUAUUAUAGAUUUACUUCUUAUGUGCGGGGACUUUCAAGCUAUUCGCAAUCACAGAGACAUGCAAUGCAUGGCUGUACCGCAGAAGUAUAGGCAGCUAGGUGAUUUCCACAAGUACUAUACAGGAGAAAGGACCGCUCCGGUGCUUACGAUCGUGAUAGGCGGGAAUCACGAGGCGUCAAAUUACAUGUCGGAACUGUAUCAUGGUGGGUGGCUUGCACCAAACAUAUACUUCCUUGGGCAUGCAGGAUGCAUCCAAGUGAACGGUAUCCGUAUCGCUGGCGCGUCUGGAAUCUUCAAAAGUAACGAUUUCAGCCUAGGUCUUUACGAAAGACUGCCUUACGAUCAUGGCUCCAUGCGAAGUAUAUACCACAUCAGGGAAUUCAACGUUCGCCGUCUGUCUUUGCUGUCCUCCCCGGAUAUAUUCCUUUCUCAUGAUUGGCCUCAAUUCAUCGAGCGACAUGGUGACACUCAGGGUCUUCUUCGCCGCAAGCCAUUUUUCAGACAGGAUGUACAGACGGGCAACCUGGGUUCCCCUCCUUUAAUGGGGCUCUUGCGGACACUGAAACCAAAAUGGUGGUUCUCAGCGCAUUUGCAUGUUCGCUUUGAGGCUACCGUACAGCAUGAACAAUCUGGCACCGGAUCGAAUUCUCCAUCCACUACUUCGCUGCCACAAAACCCAGAUGAAAUAGCAAUUGCAGAUGAUGAUUUCGAUGCAGAUGAACCUCAGAAUCCUCCAAUUGAAACUCGUUUGCAAACGACUUCCCACAACCCUGAUGAAAUAACCCUAGAAGAGGAAGAAGAAGAAGUUAUACAAUCGCCUCCUGUUGUUUAUCAGCCACAGUCAUCAGUGACGAAUUUCCUCGCAUUGGAUAAAUGCCUGCCAAAACGAGAAUUUAUGGAGGUCAUCGAUGUGCCUACCACAUCGGAUGAUUCUACCAUGCCUGGACAACGCUGCUUGCCGAAGCUCACAUUCGAUCCGGAAUGGCUGGCAAUAUCACGCGCUUUCCACCCAUUCUUUUCCACGAGGCGGCGUCAAGCAGAUUAUCCUGACGAAGCAACAGCUCGCGCGAAGGUUGCCGAAGAGAUGGAGUGGGUCAAGUCGAAUGUGCACAACAACGAUGCAAAUUCCUCUGAUGGUCCUCUACCUGGAAUCCGAUCCAUUUUGGAUUGCCAGACAUUCGUGCAGAGCGCCCCUGGUCCUGGAAGUGAAGGAGCUCAAAAGAAUCAACAACCACCUUGGUACACUAAUCCUCAGACUGCCGCUUUUUGUGAUAUGCUUGACAUUCAGAACAUGAUUGAUUUCUCUUCUGACAAUCGGGCCUAA